AAAUAAAAGAAAACAAUCAAUAGGCCGAACCAUUUGCCGGCUAUAAAGUGCUUCAUUGUGUUGGGUUCCGUAAUCAAGGGAUGUACGCGGUUGCCAUGGCCGAGAUCUAUGGAGAAUAAGGAUGGCAGUGAUCAAAGAAGCCAAAGUCGGCGAAAUUAUAGAGAAAGGGAGAGAGAGAGAGAGAGAGAGAGAGAUGAUGAUGAUCGGGAGAUUGGAGGUGCAGAGAGGCGCCGGUGACGGGAUCCAUCACCUGCGGUGACAAGUGGCUGCAGGGUCUCUUCGAAUGGUGGUGGUGGUGACCAAGGCUUCUCCUGAACACCGGAACUAGCUAGCAGCGAUGGCGAAGGGGCGACUAUGGUAGAUCCAAGAGAUGGAAUCACUGGCGGUGAUAAUAAUAAUAAUAAUAAUAAUUAAUUAUUAAUUAAGGCCAUUUACCAGAAAAGUGUUUUAAACCAGCUCCAGUUCUUACCGAAAUCUUGGUUGUAAAUUCGGUUAAUCUCUUCGAGAUUCAACAGCUUCGCCGUCCAAAUCACAGGGAGAGAUCACCACCGCUUGCUGCAACACACAAAUAAAUCUUUCAACCUCCGAUUCUAAAUUCGAUCCUGUUCUCAUAUGGAAACGACAAGGAGGACAGUUCAAGCCAGUGAAGAUAAUCAUGAUUUUGAUUCCACAUCCCAGGGUCAGAGUUUCCUCAUAGCCAGGGCCAUUAAUCACGCCAGCCCGCCAUUCCAAAUCGCCGCCGACGUAGAGAUGGUGGACUUGCAAUCCAUUGGCUACACGAGCCUCAAGGACAUCUUGCCGGCGGAAUCGAAGCCGCCGGGCGCUGCGUCGCCGUUGAUCAAGGAUCCGCUGGUGCAGCACGCCGCGUGCGCGUACCUCCAGCCGAAGACGAUGGCGGCGCGUGAGGACGACGGCAGGAGUUCCGCGCCCAUGUGCUCUGAGUUGUUUGGAUGCUUCCCCGGAGUCGUCUGGACGACGAUCAAGCGGCUCUUCUCGGAGAGUGAGAACGGCGGUGAUGUUCAUCAGGUCGACUGAACAGGCUUUCUUAAGCUUAGUUUUGACCGGUAGAUACACUUUGUACAGACAAAUUUUCUAAAUUUUUUUUCUUCUAUUUAAAUGAAAAAAAAAUAGCAUGACAGCCAAAUAAAGCACCUCUUUUUGCUA